AUAUACAAUUAAUCCAAUACGAGAGUAUACGUCGAACAGUGUACAUGUAUAGGGAUAAGCAACUAUGAGAGAUAUUAUAAUGCGUUUCUGAUUUUUCGGAUUUUCAAAAAAAAUGGUGAAGACCGACGGGAAUCGAAGCUACACGCCUGUUUUGAGACAGUGCUUCCUGACUGCCAGCGUGGCUGUGAACAUCACAGCUCACGGUUGUGUCAUCGGCUUCUCCGCCGUGCUCAUCCCCAGCCUGCGCAGACCCGAAUCUCAAAUCCAAGUCACCACCAGCGAGGAGUCAUGGAUCGCUUCCAUCGUGGGCUUCGCGUUGAUCAUGGGGAACUUCAUCAUCACACCACUCAUGGACACCUGGGGGAGGAAAAAGUGUCAUUUACUGACCGUACUGCCCGUUCUCACCGGUUGGUUCCUGCUCCUCUUAGUCAACAAUGUAGCCGGGCUGAUCACCGCACGGUUCCUCCAAGGUAUAUCAAUGGGCAUGCUUGGACCUCUGGGUUCAAUUAUAAUUGGAGAAAUGACAGACCCAAGGAAUAGAGGGGCAUUCUUAACAAGUGUAUCCCUUUCUUUGACAAUUGGAGUUCUGUUCACGCAUUCUCUAGGUGCGUAUUUUAGUUGGGAGCAAAACGCAUUAAUGUGUUCCUUCAUCACGUUCACCAGUCUUCUACUCAUAAUAUAUAACCCUGAAUCUCCAUCGUGGUUAAUAGCUAAAGGGAGGAUUAAAGAAGGAGAGGAAAUAUUCUUCUGGUUAAGGGGAAGGAAUGCGGAACAAGAAGCGGAAUUUGAAAACAUGAUUGCCGCACAAAGAAUGCAAAGGAAAUCGAGUGUUAUUGAUGAAGCACUGCCCCUUAAAAUGAAGAUAAGGAGAUUCUUUGUGUAUUUAAGACAAACGUCGACGAAGCCUGAAUUCUACAAACCUAUAACCAUCAUGUUUCUAUUGUAUACCAUGUUCCAGUUUGCUGGAAUCAAUGUCAUGAGUUCAUACGCAACGGAUAUAAUUCACCAGGUUGUCGGACCGGAGGCGAACGCGAAGUUUUUAAUGGUGCUUCUGGAUGUGGAAAGACUUAUUUGUAAUUUAUUAGCUGUGUUUUUGAUGAAGACGUUGAGAAGAAGGACUCUGUUGUUCAGCAGUGGUGCUGUGUGCGUGCUUUCCUAUUUAGGGAAGAGUCUAUAUGUUUAUGGCAAGCAGAAUGAUUUGUUGCCAUUCGAUAAUCAGUGGGUACCUCUAGUGUUAAUAGCUUUAUACAUGUGUUCUUUAACUGUAGGCAUUUCUUCGAUACCGUUCGCGAUAUCGGGGGAGAUAUUUCCUUUGGAGUAUCGGGCUUUAGGAGGUGGCAUCAGCGUUUUAGCUUUGUCUAUGAACUUCUUUAUUGCUGUCAAAUGUUUCCCUGUUCUAAUUCUGUCUAUGGGAUUACCGUUGACUUAUAUAUUGUACGCUGGAAUUGUGACAGCGUGUUUAGUGGUUAUUUACUUUAUGAUGCCAGAAACUAAGGACAGGACGCUUCAGGAGAUUGAGGACAGCUUCCGAGGGUUGUCCUCUGCGGAUCAUAAGUGUAGGCAACCUCUUAAAGGACAGACCAAUGGUGAAAUGCGAAGAUGCAGUUCUCAUAUUCUGUAUUAAAUAAAAUCCUACAAUGAGCAAUUAAUAAAAUCUACUCUCUCUCAUCUCUAUCAUUAUGGAAUUUUAAUGUAUGAUGUCGUUGCCCCAGUGUAAGUUUAUG